GUUUGGAAACAUCACAAAGUACACAGGCCGCCAUGUAGAAUAUCUCCAUCGUUGUAAGUCAAUGGUAGUGAACUAUAACACAAUUGUUAAGGCUGUUAUUGGUCUAGGAUAUUAAGUCGAAAAGUUGUGGUACCUAAUUCCCGGGAAUUCGUUGAGAAGUGGUCUUGUGCAGAUUUCUGGUGAUGAUCAAGUGCUAGAAUUGGUGGGUCUAGGAUUGACUUUUGGUGUUAUUGAAGUAUAUAUUGAAGGAGCAGCUCUUGGUGAUGGUAAUGGUUCUUCUACCAGUGGCGAUAAUAGCGAUAGGGAUAGUGAAUCAGAACAAGAUCCUGGUACAUUAUCUUUAAGUGACGAUGACUUCAUUCUCGAUGGUGGUAAUGAGGAUUUCUUUCUUGCAAGGCAAAUAAGAAGAGAGGCUGAUGAUGAUGCAGCAGCAGCUGCUGCUACUAUCAUUGAUAUAGUUCCCGUUAACAUUCUUGAAAAUGAGGAGGAAGGUGAAAAUGAUGGAGACAUUGAUCUAGAAGAACGGGAUGAAAAUUUGAGCCCUCCUAACUCUGAUGGAGAUGAAGAAGUCUGUGACCAAGGAAGACCGAAAAUCAUUAGAUAUGACCCCAAAUGGGAUCAUAAAGAAAUACAGUUUAAAGUAGGAAUGAGAUUUGCCUCACGUGCUCAAUUCAAGAAAGCUGUGCAACUUUAUGCAAUCAUGAAUGGAUUUGACAUUGGAUGGAAGAAGAGUGAAGAGACAAAAAUGGAUGGUAGGUGUAUGAAUGGCUGUGAAUGGAGAGUUUUUGCUAGCUGGAUGCAAAGUGAGAAGACUUUUAUCAUAAAAACUGUUGGAAAUGAACACACUUGCCCUAGGAGCAUGAGAAAUAAGAAUGCAACGUAUGUAUGGCUUGCGGAGCAGUUCUUGCCUAAAAUUAGAGCUAACUUGAAGUAUACAACGUCACAAAUGCAGGCAGAUGCAAUGGAGAUGUGGGCACUGACACUAAAUAAGAGGACUUGUUAUAGAGCGAUUAAUAGAGCUAUUGAGAUCAUUAGAGGUCCAUUUGUUGAGCAAUACAAGUUGUUGCACUCUUAUAAGGCUGAGUUGAUUCGAUGUAGUCCGAACAGCACAUUUGACUUGGAAGUUGGACGAUAUAAUACGUUCAAGAGAUUCUAUGUGGGCUUCAAAGAACUGAAAGAGGGUUUUCUAGCAGGCUGUAGGCGAGUAAUUGGAUUGGAUGGAUGCUUUACGGAGACUUUAAUUAGAGGGAUGUUGCUCUGUGCUACUGGUAGAGAUGGAAAUAACCAAAUGUUUCCAAUUGCAUGGGCUGUGGUUGAAGCUGAAACCGAAGAAUCUUGGACUUGGUUCCUCAAGCUACUAGUGAAAGACUUGAAUGUGGGACAAGGUCUUGGCUGGACCUUCAUGAGUGAUCAACAAAAGGGUCUUCUCAAUGCAGUUUCUAAACUCUCUCCGCGAGCAGAGCAUAGGAAUUGUGCUCGGCACAUUUAUGCUAACUGGAAAAAACUAUACAAGGGAGAAACAUUUAGGAAUUGCUUUUGGAGAGCUGCAUAUUCGACAUAUGAGGCCGAUUUCAACAUAGCGAUAAAAGAAAUGAAGGAAGAGUCUGUUCAUGCAUAUGAAGACUUCAUGAGACAGGGUCCAGAACACUUUUGCAGGGCAUUUAUCAAGUGUGGACGAAAUUGCAAUGCUAUCGAGAAUAAUUUGAGUGAGACAUUCAAUGCAUAUAUAUGCAGAGAAAGGGAAUGUCCCAUUGUUGAUAUGUUAGAGGGCAUAAGAAAAUUACUUAUGGUAAGAAUGUACGAGAAAAGCCAAUUAAUGAUUGGUUCAAGAGAUGAGAUUUGUCCAAGAAUCAGAUUGAAGAUUGAGGAGGAAAAAAUGAAGUCUAGGUUUUGCAUUCCAAGGCCAUCUACGGCUUCCAGAUUCGAAGUUGAAGUAAAUGAUGACACGUUUAUGGUUGAUCUGAAUGAGAAGACAUGUACUUGCAGACAGUGGGAUAUAUCGGGGAUACCAUGUAACCAUGCUAUCUCGUGCAUCAACUUCAUUAAGUGUAAUGUAAAUGAUUAUGUAGCUGAAUCUUUCAAGAAAGAUGCGUACAAGCGUUGCUACCAAUUUGCAUUACCUACCUUGAAUGGAAGGAAGAUGUGGCCAAAGACUAGUGAAGAGCCUUUAUUGCCUCCGCCAUUCAGAAAGCUUCCGGGGAGGCCUAAGAAAGACAGGAAGAGACCCAAUGGUGAGACGAAAAAGGAUGAGAAAAGCAAAAGAAUAAGGAAGCCAAGGGUCACCAACACCGAUCCUACUAAAAUAUCUAAAUCCGGUAUUACCAUGAAAUGCUCCAAUUGUCAUGGUAUUGGACACAACAAGACAACAUGCCCCCAACCUUCGGCACCUUUAGAGAUCAAACUAACGGUAAGGAAAUUCAAACACAAAUGUGAUACACUUUCCCUUAAAAUACCUUUCUUAUAUAUGUCUAUUAUACAGGGCAAAAGAGGUAGGCCAAGGAAGCAUCCAAAGAAACCAACCAUUGAAGAAGGGGCAUCUAACAAACAAAGUGAAAGUACCACAUCUGGAUCUGUAAGAGCACAAUCAAAUAUUGUCAGAUUUGAGAAGAGGAGGGUUCUACAAGGAUAUGGAUUUUAUGUAUCUGAAGCCACUAGAAACUCACAUUUAAGGGUGAACAUUUUAUUUUGUUGAGGAUUUUUUAAUCUACUAUGAUUAGCAUAAUAACAUUAUGUUUUUUCCGUCAUUUUUAGAUGCCUGGUAGUAACAUAGUACAAAAAAUUCAUCAAGGUGGUGCAAAUCAUACAGUGGAUAUUUCAAGCCAAGUUUUUGGACCCUCUCAAACUCAACAAUCUCAAAGUGAAGCAAGGCAAUGAACCUGUGGGGAGAGUUGGAUGUUUGGUGUAAAGCUUGUUCUGUAAAGCUUGUUCAAGUCUAGUAUAUAUUCACUUUUUUUGGAUGGUUGUGAUAUAGAACAUGCUUUUGGACCUCUGCUGUCUGGUGUGGAUUGUGCCUUUUUUGGCUAGUUGGCUGGUUGGAUGUCUGGUGUAAAGGCUA